CACUCGUGCUCCUUAUAUUGGGGCCAUGUCUUGUCAAAUGCAAAAAACGAAUACCCAUUGGAGGUGUCUUUAUCGAAAGAGAUACUCCAGCCGAAUUGGCGUUCAGAAAUGCUGUGGAUAGAUCAAAUAUGUAUAGCCGAAAUAUCGAACUCAUUCCUCAAUCUUACUAUGUCGGAGCAGAAGAUAGUUUUAAAAUGAUGAAGACAGUAUGCAACAUGACCCAAAGUGGCGUGGCAGCGAUAUUUGGGCCAAUGACCAAUGAAACGGCUGGAAUAGUUGGUUCCAUAUCCGAAAAUGUGGAAAUGCCAAAUUUACAAGUACAUUGGUCACCCAGGCCGACUGACAGACGCAUGGUUCUGAAUUUGUAUCCAGACGCUGGAUCUUUGGCCAAUGCCUUGGCUGAUCUGGUUGUGGACUACGAUUGGAAGAGUUUUACCAUCGUUUAUGAAAGAGAUGAUGGUUUAGUUCGUCUAAAAGAAAUGUUAAAAAUCCACGGUCCUCAAGAUCCACCCAUCACAGUGCGCCAAUUGAGUCCUGGUGGAGAUUACAGACCACUUUUCAAAGAAAUUAGGGACACCUUGGAAACAAGAAUUAUUUUGGAUUGCUCACCGGAUAGAGUAGUCGAGAUAUUAAGGCAAGCAAAUGAUGUCAAAAUGCUCGAAGCUUAUCAGAGUUACAUUAUAACAUCAUUAGAUACCCACACAAUAGAUUUUGAAGAAUUGAAAUUUGGAAGAGCAAAUAUAACUGCAAUGAGAAUGCUGGAUCCAACAAGUUUCGAAAUAAGAAAUGCUGUUUUAGAUUGGGAAGAAGGCGAAAGAAGAUUUGGGAGGAAACUGGAUAUAACGCCCAAUACUGUUACGGUAGAAGCUGCGCUAAUGUACGAUGCCGUGAAUUUAUUUGCUACAGCAUUUGGGGAACUAAAUGAACAAAAUCCAAUAACGACGGAAUCGUUGGAUUGUUCCCAAAAACAGAAGUGGAUACAUGGAUUAGGGCUAUUGGAAUAUAUAAAACUGAAAACUUUAACUGGCCUCACCGGUCCAAUAGAAAUCGAUGAGAAUGGUCGAAGAACAAGUUUCAAUUUAGAAGUCAUCGAGCUGUCCGAACAUGGAUUCAAGAAAAUAGCAACUUGGGAUCCUGUUAACAGAAUAAACAAUACACGUAGUAUGGGCGAAGUUUAUUCCAAAAUAGUUCAAAGUUUGCAAAACAGGACCAUGAUAGUAUCAUCAAGAAUUGGAGCACCAUUUCUGAUGAAGCGAAUACCCAAGGAUGGUGAAAUAUUAGAAGGCAAUGCCAGAUACGAAGGAUAUUCUUUGGAUCUAAUAGACGGAAUAUCAAAACUGUUAGGAUUCAAAUAUGUUUUCGAACUAACUCCAGAUAAUGCUUAUGGAUCAUAUGAUAAAGAAAAGAAAAGUUGGAAUGGUUUGGUAAAACAGUUGCUUGACAGAAAAGCAGACUUGGCAAUUUGUGAUUUAACCAUCACAUACGACAGGAGAAGCGUCGUUGAUUUUACUAUGCCAUUUAUGACUUUAGGUAUCAGUAUUUUAUACGCAAAACCAAUUAAGCAACCACCAGAUCUUUUCUCAUUUCUUUCACCACUCUCUUUGGAAGUGUGGUUACUAAUGGCAAUCGCCUAUAUCGGUGUAUCAGUUUUAUUGUUCGUCUUAGCCAGGAUGGCUCCAGAAGAUUGGGAAAAUCCCCAUCCUUGCAAUCAAGAACCAGAAGAACUUGAAAACAUUUGGCAUAUGUUGAACUGCGUUUGGUUGACUAUGGGAUCUAUUAUGGGUCAAGGUUGUGAUAUUCUACCAAAGGCGAUAUCAACGCGUAUGGUAACUGGUGCUUGGUGGUUCUUUGCACUGAUCAUGUUGGCUUCGUAUACCGCCAACUUGGCUGCCUUUUUGACUAUGGACCGUAUGGAAGUGUCCAUUGAAAGUGCAGAAGAUUUAGCAAAACAGACAAAAAUCAAAUAUGGUGCAGUGAUAGGAGGAUCGACACUUUCUUUUUUUAAGGAAUCGAAUUUUUCAACUUAUCAACGUAUGUGGGCUAAUAUGGAGUCAGCUAGGCCAAGUGUUUUUACUACAAGCAAUGACGAGGGAGUCGAACGUGUCCUAAAAGGCAAAAGAUUAUAUGCUUUUCUCAUGGAAUCUACAAGUUUGCAAUACGUGAUAGAACGAAAUUGCGAACUUACACAGAUUGGCGGAAGAUUAGAUUCAAAAGGCUACGGAAUUGCUAUGCCAGUCAAUUCCCCUUACCGUACAGCAAUAAGCGGAGCAGUGCUCAAAAUGCAGGAGGAAGGAAAACUUCACCAGCUCAAGACCAAGUGGUGGAAGGAAAUGCACGGAGGCGGAAAAUGUACGGCAGACGCUCAAGUUUCAGACGAUUCGGCAGCAGAAUUGGGCAUCGACAACGUGGGUGGUGUUUUCGUCGUCUUGGGUUGCGGUUGCGGAGUUGCAGUUGUGAUAGCAAUGUUGGAAUUCUUGUGGAACGUGCGAAAAGUCGCGGUGGAAGAAAAGAUAACGCCAUGGGAAGCAUUUUGCACUGAAUUGAAAUUUGCGCUUAACUUUUGGAUAGUAACAAAACCUGUACAUAAUAAACCGAGUGAGUCAGGAUCCCAAAAAUCUUCGAAAUCUCGAGAAUUGUCAGAAUCUAGAUCAACUGCAGUUAAUGCAUUAAAUACAGCAUCAAGUUUCUUAAAUCUCGAUAAAGCUGGAAACUUAUUUCACUAAAGCCGAUUGUUUUUUUUUUGUGAACUCUCCAUACUAAUUCCGCAGAAAUACAUGAGUACAUAUGCAUUUUUUCCAUGAAUAGUUAUAAUCAAAUCAAAUAAAUAACUAUAAAUGCAUUAAAUCAAAUGUAUAUACAAUUGUAUCAAUAUCUUUACGCACUAAUUUGUAGAUAUAAUUCUAGGUGAAAAAAAGCAAAGACAUAAAGCAUCCUAAAUAACUUGAAUGUAUUAUUGUAGGAUAAUUUACAAUGUAUCCAGAAAUAAGGACUCUGUCCUUUCUGAAUCAUUACUGUAAAAAUUAAUA